AGUUUCUUUGAAGUCUUCUCUAUCGGCCUCUCUAUAGUCACCUUCUACGCAGGAACAGUGCCCUUCUACUCAUUGACCUUCUUGAACGGCGGCCCUGUGGCUCUGGUGUGGUACUGGUGGAUAACGGCCUUCUUCACUCACCUUGUUGCUCUCUCCUUUGCUGAAAUCUCCUCAGCCUUCCCGAUCUCGGGGUCGCUCUACUUCUGGGCGGCAGCUCUCGCCGGCCCAAAGCACGGCCCCUUUGCCGCCUGGAUCACCGGCUGGUUGGAGUUCCUUGGGAUCUCCGUGUGCAUCGGCUCGCUCUCCUUUGGAGGCGUACAGCUGCUACAGUACACCAUCUAUGCUGCUACAGGCGGCUCCAACGGCGGCUAUCUGUUGAGCAAUUACGAGUGCUUUGGCAUCACGGUGGCGUCAAUAGUGGCAUGUGCACUGCUCAACCUGCUGCCCGUGCUCUCCAUCGGACGCAUAGCAGCCUUCAGUGCCGUGUGGCAGAUCGUGGUGGUGUUGGCAGUGAUCAUCAUCCUCCCCUGCGUCGCCACCACACUGCAGCCCGCGUCGAUCAUCUUUGGCCAUUACCACGUGCAGCUUGACGUCACACACGUGCCCAACGAUGCAUACGCCUUUGUCUUGGCAAUGCAGCUCUCCCUAUUCGGCCUUUACGCAUACGACACUGUAGCGCACAUGGCAGAAGAGACAAAACGCGCCGAUGUCACCGUGCCGGCCGCCAUGGUCUCAUGUCUCUCGGCAGCUACUGUGGUGGGGUGGGCGGUGAUUGUCGUCCUGACUGCGUGUAUUACCAAUAGAGAGACGCUUCUUGACGAGGCUAAUGCCUCAGGGGGGCAGCAGCCAGUGGUACAGAUUAUCUGGGAGGUCUUUUACAACAGGUACGGCAACGGCACGGGGGCAGUGGUGCUGCUGUGCCUAAUGUACUUCUCCUUCUUCUUUGCCGCCUUUGCUGCUGUCAUCGGGGCUUCCAGAGCUGCCUACUCUCUGUCUCGCGAUUCUGGUCUCCCUUUCGCCUUCCUCUGGAGACGGGUCAACCGCGACCGCACGCCAGUCAACGCGGUUCUCCUCACGUGCUCCGUCGCUAUCCUCUUCUGCCUGCCUCUCCUCCACGCCACCUCCACCUUCUUCGCCAUCACCUCUCUCGCCACCGUCGCAUGGGUGGGAAGCUACUCUGUGCCGCUGCUGCUGCGCUUGGUCCAACCCAGAGGGGCCUUCAAGGCAGGCGCAUUUAACUUGGAGAGAUACGUGGGGGCCGUGGGCAGGAGGUGCAUCAAUGGCGGAGCCCUCUUCUUUGUGUUUUACACCAUGGCCACCUCUAUGGUUCCCAUGUACUUCCCUGUAACCGUCUCCAAUUUCAAUUGGUCCAGCUGUGUGCUGCUGGUAACCGUAACCUUCUUUAUCUCCUGGUGGGUUUUCGACGCCCGCCAUUGGUUCAUAGGGCCCUUCCAUAACCGAGCAGGGAACCAGCAUCACAGCCAAUCAGGUGCUGCCAAGUGGUUCAAUUGA